GGAGGAGGUGGGCCUGAGGGGUUGGAGCUGGUGACGUUGCCGCCCGGGGCUCCGGCGCUUGUUACUCCGUUCGGCUGUUUGCGGCUCCUGCGAGAAAACUGUGGCCAGGUCUGCGGGAACCGCACCUAUGGCUUCCGUGCUGUCCUACGAAAGCCUGGUCCACGCCGUGGCGGGAGCCGUGGGAAGCAUGACAGCAAUGACAGUAUUUUUUCCCUUGGAUACAGCUCGACUUCGACUUCAAGUUGAUGAGAAAAGAAAGUCCAAAACGACACACAUGGUGCUCCUGGAGAUCAUUAAAGAAGAAGGCCUCCUGGCACCAUAUCGAGGGUGGUUUCCAGUUAUCUCCAGUCUCUGCUGCUCCAAUUUUGUCUAUUUCUACACUUUUAAUAGCCUCAAAGCAGUCUGGGUCAAAGGUCAACAUUCUACUACUGGAAAAGAUCUGGUAGUUGGAUUUGUUGCAGGAGUGGUGAAUGUGCUGCUAACCACUCCACUCUGGGUGGUAAACACCAGACUGAAGCUGCAAGGGGCAAAAUUUAGGAAUGAAGACAUUGUACCCACCAACUACAGUGGUGUUAUUGAUGCUUUUCACCAGAUCAUUCGCGAUGAAGGAAUCCUGGCUUUAUGGAAUGGCACAUUUCCCUCCUUGCUGUUGGUCUUCAAUCCUGCCAUCCAGUUCAUGUUCUAUGAAGGUUUAAAACGGCAGCUUUUAAAGAAACGAAUGAAGCUUUCUUCUUUGGACGUGUUCCUCAUUGGUGCAAUAGCCAAAGCAAUUGCCACCACGGUCACCUAUCCUCUGCAGACAGUACAGUCAAUUCUGAGGUUUGGACAUCACAGACUGAACCCAGAAAACAGAACACUGGGGAGUCUUCGGAACAUUCUCUAUCUUCUUCACCAACGAGUAAGGCGUUUUGGAAUAAUGGGACUCUACAAAGGCCUUGAAGCCAAACUGCUGCAGACAGUCCUCACUGCCGCUCUCAUGUUCCUCGUUUAUGAGAAACUGACGGCUGCUACCUUCACGGUCAUGGGGCUGAAGAGCGCACGCAAGCGCUGAGGCACCUUCCACCGCCAGGCACUCAGAGAUGCUCAAGACGGGAUCCUUCUCUGUGAAGAGAAGCGGUUCCCCUUUUACUUGCGCCUUCCACUGAGAAUUUUACCCUCAUUGGCUUGAAAUGCAUCUAAGUUUACACAUGGAGUAUAGCCAGCUUGACCUGUUACCAACUUAGUUUUUAUGAUGGUUGGUUGACUUUUGUGGGGGAGGUUGGGCCAAUGGCCAUAUGAAAAGAGAACAUUAUUGAAAACCUAAAACUGAAAGUUUAUGGGGGUUUAUUGGUUUUUUUGAGGGGAAUAGACUCUUGCUCUCAUGUAUAAUCUUUUCCAGGUAAAGUCUUUUUUAGAUUUACCAGAUGGUCCCUUUCCCUUGAACCCUCCCCCAGGUCCUAGGGCAAAUUUGCUACCAUGUAAUUCUCCUCAUAUACUCUUGUAUGUCUUCAUCUUGGUAUUUUCUUCACUAAAAAUGUUAUGACUAUGCCAUAAGCAUGACUUUAUUUUUCUUGGCAUUUUUUUUCCUCCUGCUUAAGGAAAGGUAUCUUCUUUAGUGUGUGAGCUAUUUAUUUUGUGGGGGAAAUGAAAAUUAUUAAUUCCAAAUGAUUCUCGUAUAAGCUAUUUGUAAAUAUUACUUAUUUAGUAUUUGACAUAAUUUUAAAAUAUUUAUUUUGAAUCAACCUUUUCAUUACAAAACUUGAGGUUUUACGUUCAUCCAUAUAGGCCCCAAUAAAUUGUCAGCACAAAAGUCAUUCUUAAAAGUUGCCCUUUACAGUAUUACAUUGAGUUUACAAGCAUCUGGUACAAAUCACAGAAAAGGGAGAGGGAGCAGAUACCUUGUUUAGGCUCUGGAAUAUUAUCUUCUUUUAUAAACUCUUGGUAGAGACUGUAUAUUUUGAGAAUAAACUUGAUUGAGGUUAUUUCUAUUCGGAAACAUUCCUUAGAGUCCUGCUACUCAAAGAGUGGUGCCUCAAGCAGUAGCAUCGACAUCACCUGGGAGCUUAUUGGACACGCAGUCCCAGAUCUUCUGAAUCAUAUUCCGCAUUUUAACAAGAUACCUAGGUGAUUUGUACUCACGUCAAAGUUCAAGAGACCUUAGAGCUCUUGACCCCACAGAAGAUACAGUCGGUUUCAAUUAUGGAAACCAAGACAAAGAUUGUUCUCAAAGGAAAGAUAGACUAAUGUAUUAGAGCAACCUCUGAAAAAACUGGGAGUCCUAUGUCAUCAUUUACUUUCACCUCGUAGCACAUGUUCAGGUUCGUAGGACUUUUAUUAUGUGGCCAGCAAUGAAUUUAGACAUCUCAAGGCACUUAAGAAGCAAACUCUCUUGACAUUAGUAGAACAACAGCUUAGUUCUACUUAGCUUGACUUAGUUUUUGACUUAGUUUUUGUCCCUAUAACACAAUGACAGGUUUUUCAUUUAUAAGUCUAAUUCAGUCAGAGUCAGAGUAAUAAUCAAGUGUCUGUGGACUCCAGUAUUUAAAUUCAAUUUUGAGAGUGGAAAUUUCUUUCUCUUAUUUCUCCUCUGGUCCCUGUGGUAAUUUCAAAAUAUGUAAUUUUUAAACUAGUAAUAAUUGAAAGAUCAUUGUGUUGUUCUAGAAAACAAGAACUAAGAGGAACUGAUAAUCUGGGAACUAGACUGAGCACUCCCCUAUUUAAGCUAGAGAACUGAAGACAGAGAAUUGGCCCCAUUACUACUUUCUAUUUUAUAUUAAGCUGCAGAUAUGGCGAAACCUUUAGGCCACCAGAGGGCAUUGCAGUCAGCCUCCUUUAUCAUCAUAAAUCACUGCUGUCAGAGAUGCCUAGUGAAAUUUGCUCCCAGUUAAACCAAAAAAAGAAGCAUUCUUAGACUUGAUGAGCAAUCUGCAUAGAACCUGUGGCUUGAACUUGGUGGAGCACUGCCUUGAAGCACCCUUUUUAUCUAUAAAAGGGAAGAAUGGAGUAGGUAGUAUUUCGCUGAAAUUAUAUUCUUUUACUUUUUCCUUUCCCCAAGCAUAUGCCUAAACUUUUAAUUUGUCAUCCACAAUUUAUAAUCUUCUCUUGGCCAGAUAUUAAAGCUGGCAGCUCUCAAUCUCUAUAGAAAUUGAAGGCAGAGAAACAAUGGACACAGCCUUUGUCCGGUAGCAUCCACCUCUUUACUGGUUUUUACUGACACUAAUAAAAACUUGCAAAAUUGACUGAUCCGCA